UCAUCCGUUUCUCGAAGCGACUUCUUCGCACGGCAGUCAAUGUUCCGUACGGCAAAAAGACUGUGAACCCCGCGAGCAAACAAUGGAGAAGCGGAUGACAAAGAUCAUUGUUGCAGUUCUUCUGGUGACAUUCGCGCUGAAUAGUUUCUGCACGGAAAUUUCCUCGCAGAUCAACCUCCGGCCGAUGGAAGGUGAUCGAUACAUCGGUGUCCUCGAACCGAAGAAUGUCGUGGAUUUCAACAAAAUCACUGGCCGCUCGGAAUUCAGCUAUUUGCACGAAGAGUUGAGGGAACAGACCAACAAUAUGGAACGAGAGAAUUCGAAGAGACUGUCGGAUAUUAUUAAUAAUAUCCAGAUUACUAUCAACGGGAAAGAAAUCAAACCGAGCCUGGAUGGCUGUCCAAACAGUAUUUGCAAAGUGUCAAUGUCGUCGACCUACGAUGACGAGGGUAACGUGAUAACCGACUUGCACCUCAGAAUAAUAACGAAGUCGGAGGCCGAUACUAAGGUCAAUGAAAUUCCGGUUGUCGAUGGCGUGCGAGGCGUAGAAGAUUCGCAUGAUCACCCUGUCGUAGCCUCAAGACCCACGACAUACUUACACAACAAUAUCCCACAAAUUCAAACUCGUUUCCAAGACGGCGAACCUUGGUAUCAAGGCAGAAGAACCUUCCAGAGGCCACAAAUUAUGUGGCGUUACCAAGUUCCGGUGCAAUUUUCAGGCAGACAAUUUCCACAAUAUGGCGGACGGCCAGCUGCUGCGCCCGUUGUUGAUGACAAGAUAGAACCACCGCUGAGCAAGACCCAAGGACGCAACAAAUGAAAUCCCACCGGUCUCGAUCGUAGUAUCUUGUUCAUGUAAAUAUCGUCGUCCAGUUCAAUAAAAUACAGACGCUGUUAAACAAUAGAUAUAUUUGUGAGAACGAAUUUGUAAAUAAUUUAAAUAAAAUUAAACGUGUUACAUGAUGAUUACCCUACAUUAAA